AUGGCGAAGAAGGCAACGAAGACCAGCGGGCCUGCAGCUCUCAAGACGAAGGCCGUCGGAAUCAUUCAACAGGGCGGUGGCGAUCGAGCUACCGCAGCCUACAACGAGCUGAUCCAUAAAGACCAGGCGGGACUGGACCAGGUGCUGGAGCAGACCCCAGAGGACAAGCAGUUGAGAGCCACCCAGAAGCUCUUGACGAAGAACAAGAUCUCGUGGACCCACGAGCACCAGCGGCGCACUUCGGCUGCCACUGAUGUGACCGACGGCUCCACGAACACCACGAAGGGCAAGGGCAAGGGCACCGCGGCCGUCGAGCCGCAGCCCAUUGCCUUGGACGAGCACGGCUGGUCCAUCCCCAUCGCGCAGGCUCCCAAGAAGAUGCCCGACGGCACCUACGAGUCUUCCGAGGAGCCGCUUGCCAUCCUGGCCAUCGGCACGGGCAGCGACAACUGGGCCCAUGCGAAGAUCCAGAUUCCAGUUCUCAGGGUCCCCCACGGCACCACCAACCCGCGGAAGACCUUCAUGAACGGCGUCAUCUACCAGUUCGGCGAGACCGACGUCACUAUGAAGUCCAAUGUCGCGCAGCUCGGCGAUGCGGACGGCGCCGCGACCUUCAUGCGCAUCGCCAUCCACGAGGCCGACGCCCUGCUCGUCAGCCCCACCAUGCAUGAAGUUUUCAGCAGUCAGUUCAGUGGCGCUGCUCCUGUCGUCGUCGGCGGGCAACGCAAGGACAAGCUGGGCAGCACAGCCAAUGAACGUUGGAAGGCUGCUCGCAAGUCCGACGCGAAGAUCUCGAUGGACAAUGGGUUACGCGACGUCAUCGAGUCCACCAUGCAGGCCAUGUGCCCCGAGAUCCCGCUCCUCGACGAGCCCAGCCGCCUUCUACGUGCAGGAGGUCAGGCAGGCCAACGCAUCUUGGGCGCCGUGAUCGCCAUUCCAAAGAACCAGGAGGACGCGCUCCUCAAGUACUCAGGCUACCAGGGCAUCACUUUCACUUUCUCGUACAUCGGCGUCGACGCUGAGAAGCAGGAGACCGACGAGAAGAAGAUCCACGCCGUCUGGUUCAACAAGACCAUCUCCAUGCAGGGGGCCUACAGCCUCUCCAAGUCCCACGAGGCCGCACUGGGCGCUGCGAAAGGAAAUCGCGGACACUUCGGACUACGGGUACAACGUGAACACCCCAAAGCAGGCGUAGCGGCCGCUGCUGUACGGGGCUCCGCCACAGCUUUGGCCCGACGCAAAUGGCGUAUCGACAACAUCCCGAAUGGAAAGGCCACUAAAAGACAAGUUGCGGACGCUGCUCAAACAGUAGGUUGGGCCGCCGAUAUCGUCUACGUGGGCUUCGACAUCAAUGGGAAGACAAACUUCGCCAUCGCGCGCUCCGACACCGAGCCGACCAACAAGUACUGGAAGUUCGGCACUACCACGCCUGGGGUCGUGACCGAGGUCACCAGCGGGAACCGCAGCCCCGCCAGUACGUCAGCGGCAGCUCCUACGUACCUGCUGCACCAGAGGCUGCCACGCCUCCCUGGCUUGCUGCGCUUCAAGGGACCCCACCAGAGCAACCUGUUCCGCAAGGUGAAACCGACACGCGGAUGCAAGUUGAGCCCCGUGAACCUCCACCUGCCCCGGUUCCUGUCCGUCUCCCUGAUGCUGAACACGAACGGAUCCUGGCCCUUGAAGCUAGUGUACGCGCAGCUCGACAAGCAGGACGCCGCCACCACCUCUCUCGGCGCCGAGCUGAACGACGUUGCUCAAAAAACGGAUGCUGCCGUCACCGAGAUCAAGCAGGCGAGCGUGGCACUCAACAACGCCAUCCAGUUGAACCAGGCCCAGCUCCAAGGAAGCUUGGCCGCCAUCCUCAAGAAGAUGAAUCUCCAGGAGGAGCGCGCCGACGCCCCCAGCAAGAAGACGCCGCGCACCAGCGACGACGGCAAGGGCAGAAACGACGACGACGAACUCUGA